AUGGCUAGUUUUGAACUUGAUUACACAGAGUUUGUUGUUUUGUACGCAGCGUUUUUUUUGUUUGUCACAUCUCUUUUUAUCGAAAUGUUUUACAGGGUGGUUUGUUGUUGUUUUUUUGUUGUGAUUUGGAGUUGUAGUGGUGAGUGUUCUUCUAUAAACGGUCGACAAGAAACUUCACAAACUAAAAAUCAACGCUGUGUAAAGUACAGUCACGUUGUCUCAUCUGGGUUAUGUUUUGAAUUUUUGAACAACACAUAUAUCGCGCUGACAAGAGAAGAAAUCAUAGAAAGACAGAAUCUAAUCAAUGGCAUAUUUCGCGAAUCUUUUCCUAUGUAUAAGUACUUCAUAAAACAUGGAAAGCAUCACCACUUAAGUCAAUUCGUAUAUGCACAGUGUGGUAACAAUGAAAAAGCAAGAGAUAUAGUUCAAUCACUGAAUUUCCCAUCGAUUAAAGAAAUGUUAGAAUGUCGUCGCCUAAAAAUCUCUAAUGAAGUUAUGUGCCGAAUCUGGAUUCCUACUUGUUUGACGAACAAUGUGACACAUCAUCGCAAAGAAUCUCCGCUGUGUCGCCAAACAUGUGAGAUGCUACUUAAAGAUACACCUUGCUAUAAACCAGCAAAGAUGGCUACCGAAUUAAUAAAAGUAAUUCCGAUUUGCCCAAAUUUUGUCUCCAGUCUUGGAAUAACGAGAGUAAUUUUUGAUUUAAAAUCAUGUGAGCAUAUGCCAUGGAAGAAUGAAUCAGUUCUAGAAAGUUGUCAAGCUAAUUUAUUAAAAGAAGCAGCUACCGAGAAACAUUCAACAAACUGUUAUCAUGGUAACGGUUUAUUAUAUAUUGGAAACGAAAAUAUUACCGUAACUGGUAGAAAAUGUUUGCCUUGGAAAAUCAAUCCUUACUUGAACAAAGAGAUGUAUCCGACUUUAAAAGAGAAUUAUUGUAGAAAUCCACAAGGCUAUAGAUCAAAACCUUGGUGUUACACGGAUAAUGUCGGUUUGCUUUGGGAAUACUGUGACGUCAUAAAAUGCAAGAAAGCACCGAAACAAAGCGACACCGUAGACGGUAAUUUUCUACAAAGAAACAAAUGGUAUUUGAUAACCUCUUUUGUGUUGCUUGUUUUGUUUUUAUUCGCUGGACUGGCUGUUCGUAGUUACAUGUAUUUAAAGCGAAACGAAGAAGAAGCAGAGUUAGAAGCCUACUCAACGUGCUAUGCUGUGACACCAGAUCAGAUUCGGAAAGAAAAACUGUUUGAUUCACCAUAUUUCUUAUUUUAAUGCAAACCGAACCACGUUUAUACUUAAUGAAGCCAGGGUUUUAAAAGGGAACUUAAUAAUUCUUUAACUUGUAAGACUGUUAAUUAAAUAUAUUUUCAAUCUCAAAACCAACU